GCUCCGAUCACUAAGAGGAUUCGAACUUCCCAACCCUGUUAGCCCCGACUGCGACACUGGCUAGCUCAGUUAGCUUGCUAGCUAACUUCUACAAUCAAGCGGAUUCACCGUCUGGCAGCCGGAGCAGGCACAAGGUAAGCUCCUGUUACAGCUAUUCAUUAUCAGCCUGGCGUAAACAGUUCUUCGGCUGGCUGCCAUCGUUUCCAUGUGGCCUCUCGCUCUCGCGCUGUGACGGAAAACGAGCUAACGUCUUAUGAAGUUAAGGUGAGCUAAUUAGCAUUCGGCGGCUAACGGUGUUACAGCAACAGAGGCGGCGGCAGCAGCAGCAGCAGCAGCGGGUUAUUAAAGACCCUCCACAGCUCCGUUUCCACUCACAGACACUAACAAGACCAGCGGAGAUAACCCAAAACUUAACGCCGCGACAUCACCACCUCUCAUGGACAUUUUUAAAUCACCGUUUCUCUUUAAUUUUACCCGAAUAUAACGGAUAACCGCAGCACACAUCUGCGUUUAUUACAGAGCAGCUGAAGCAGGUAAGAGAAAGAAAACAUAUUCAUUUUUUUGAUGAUGGUAACACACACACACACACACACACACACACACACACACACACACACACACACACACACACACACGCUGCACUCCUCUACAGAAAGCUGCUGAAAUGCUUUGUUCUGUCAGAGCUGCACGUUUUAUUCCUGCAGCUGGAGAUUUGCAUGUUUGCAUUGUUGAAACCAUGCUGUUAUGAGCUGCUAAUUUAAUGAUAUAAAGUGUACUCUGAAAGGUGGAAAAUCAUGCUCUGCACAGGCUGAUUGUAGUUUUGUGGCUGCUUCUCCCUCAGCAGUGCUUUUCUUGUGCAUGUGUUGCUGUAUAUUUGUGUUGUUAUUAAGCAGGCAGACAGUGCCUGUUUUCCCUCUCUGGCCAUGACUUCCUGGAUGUAUCAUGGGUACAAUAACAUGCAGUCUGGGCUUGCAGCCAGACUGAGAGAGUGUGGGUCAGUAUUUACUGGAGAGGCAGAGAUGAAGGUGUUUAAAAGACUUCAAACCUGCAGGGUGAAGGCUGUGUGUGUGUUUGGAGUGUCCAGAUGUUGUGAAAUGUGUCUUAUGGAGCUGCAUCAUUUUAAUCAUUGAUUUGCAACAGUUAAAUCAAUCACCAGAUAUUUUAAUAACCGAGAAGUGUGACUGACUAAGUGACACACAAUUUAGAACACUCUAGGAGCCAUCUAGACAAACAUGUCAUCAUGAAAAAACAUUUCACAUAAUUCCUCCACAUCACAAAACCUUUAAUAUGUAGUGUAAAAUAAUUUAAAUGAUGCCAAAAUGUGUAAAGAAACUCAAAAAUUUUACAAAACAGGAUUUUCAAGAAAAACAGUCUGAAAGACAAAAUAUGUUUUAUAAAAUGCAAAAACUGUUUCACAAAACAUAAUAAUGUUCGAGAAAAUCCAAAAAAUGUAAUAAAAUAUGCAACAAAAACUUUUAAAAUGCAAAGAUAUUUUAUAAAAUGUUAAAAUAAUGUCAAGGAAAGUAGCAAUGUUUCAUGGCAACUAUAACAUGUCAGUAUUUAUUUGGUAUUUGAUGGAAUGUAAAUUUAUUACUAUGAAAUACUUUAAAAUAUGAUCAAAUCCAAAACAUUUUCCAGGAUGCUAAAUCAUUCAAUGAAAUGUCAAACAUGUUGUACGAUCAUUAACAUCAAUUAUUUAUCAAAUAAAAAUUUACACAAAACAAAAAUGCAUAAAAAUUUCAGAAGACACCAUAAGUAAUACAAAUAAAGUCAAAAUGUUUUUCACAAACACAAUCAAUUUCCCCCCCCCAAAAAAACACAAAACAAUAAUAAUCAAAAAUUAUAAUAAAAAUAAAAUAAAAAACAAAACAACUUUCCUUUAAAUUAUAUUUUUUAAUGUUUAAUGAAUUGUUUUUCACUACAUGAAAUAAUUUUGUGUUUUGUAAAAUGUUUUGCACACUUAGUUGACCUUCAGGGCCACCUUCCCCUUACUAACUCCUACAAAAUAGUAGGUUAGUUAGUUAGUUUAAGCCAUAAAAACAUAGAUUUUGGUCUUAUUAGAAAAGUUCCAUGUCCUGUGUCUUAGAUUGUUUCUUUUAUAUUAAUCAGCACACGGACCCAGUUAGUGAUCUCGAAACGAUGAAGGUUUCUGCUCACGUUUCCUCCCCUCCUUACCUUUCUUCUGCCUCACCUCCUCACAGCUUCAGAGCGUCGUUUGUUUCUGAGAAACUUCAGUGAAAAUCAUUCCCCUUGUCAUUGUUGUGAGCUGACAUUUGCCUCUUGUUACAUCUGCUGCUCUUCUAAAUGUGAAAGGCGAUUAAUUGGUAAUCUGUCGGAUCUCUCUGAAGGUCUUAAUGAGUGUUUUAUUAAAGACAGGUACUCAGCAGAUCAAUCAGUUAAGCAUCUGUAUUGUACCCACAGUCAUCAGGCUGCUAAUUUUAGCAGCCGAGCACUUGAAUAAUAAUUUCAAUUAGUGAUGAAUGUCAAAAGGUGUUCGUUUUUGAUUUUGGAGCUGCAGAAAUCAGAGCUUUAAUAAGUUAAUGAGUAGAAAUAGCGCUGCUGCCUACUGCUUUUUUAAUUUGUUUAAAUCAUUUUAAAGGUAAAAUCUGAAUUAUUAUGACAUAUCUUUGGCUAUUUUAUCAUCUGUCGAUAUGCAUUUAUACUUUUGAUUUGAGAACAGAAUCUGCUUGAGAAGGACAUUUUCCCUAAAUGAAAAUAUCUAAGUGAUGCACAGCCAUCAAGUUUGCCCCUUUGUGUGAUACGUGACCAAGUGCAACAGUUUACUCCAGGGUGAGUGGAUUUCAUCAUAAAAAAAUGAUGAAGAAACUGAGUAUCUGAUUAAUUUCUGUGAGAGUCAUGUUAAAGUUGUGAUAAAGAGACAGAGCGUUGGCUGAUAAAUAAUGUAAAGUGUGCUCAGAGAGAGUGGCAGUAAAUCAUCUUUAUGGACUAUAGCCGUCAACCUCUCUCCUUUCAGAGCACUUUAUACCUACAUUAGCAAUAACAGCUCUGAUUAUUGAGGCUAGACUGAAAUUAAUUAUCAAUUGAAUGUAAUUUAAUGCCUGCAGGUGUAGACAGCAGCUUUUAACUCAGAUACUGAGACUAGGUGAUGUUUAGAAAAUCUUCAUACUGUGUGUUUUUACUGAGGAAAUAUAAGCUCAGUUCAAUGCUUCACAAAACUUUAUCACAGUGAUAACUCACACUUGCAAUACUGUGUGUUAUGACAUUAAAGCUUGGAUCUCCCCAAUAUAAAUACUGCAGAAAUUUCCAUUCAUCAAUUUGACUCAAAAUUCAACAAAAUUGGAGACUUAAAGUUUCAGUUCAGAUCACGAAAAAUGUGUUUGUCGUCUUUUGAAGGGUUGGAUAAAAGAUAACAUUCAUUUUCAACAAUAAACUUCCUCAGAGAAAAGCUGGAUUCAGAGAAAGUUUAUUUUCCUUCUAACAAAAAAAGACAAGGGGCCCUUCAUUUCCAUAUUUAGUUUUGGGAUAACUGAGUUAUGGAAUCCCAUUUUUUCCCUAAUAUUAUCACAUUUUGUCAUAGAUUUUUUCCACUUAAAAUUCAGACCCCCCCCCCCCCCCAAAAAAAAAACAAACAUUUUUUUCCCCACAGUGCCACCUUUUUCCCCUCACAAGUCUGCUGUUUUCAUAGAAUGCUGCAUUAAAUCUGAGAAUUCUUAUAAGACUGAGAUCAAAUUCGGAAUUCUCAAGAAUUCUCAAUAUCAAAGUUGAAAUUUUCAAAGUCAGAGUUGAUAUUCUGACUUCUUUACUAAGGAAUUCCCGAAUCCAUAUUUUUUUAAAUUCUGAAUUCUAACUUCGUCGUCUUAAGUUCCUUUUUGGGGAAAAAAAAAAAGAUUUUAAGAAAAAAGUUGUAAUGUUACUGAGAAAAAAGUAAUUUUAGUCAGUAAUUAGUGUGUGUGUUACAGCUGUUGUGAUCAGCCAGCCAAUUUACAUCCGUUACACAUAGGGGUGGGAGAAAAAAAUUGAUUCACUUUAGUAUCGUGAUUUUUUGUUUUACAAUUUAUAAAUAGAUUUUUAUGUCCAAAAAUUUUAUUUUAUUAUUUUCCAAAUUUAAGAAUAAAUCUUAAAAAACUGACCUAUAUAUGAUGUGUAUUUUUGGGGGAAAUGUGUUUCCUGGAAUAGUCAGGAGACAAUCGUAAUCAUUCAACUGUUUUACUGGUGUUAAAAAUGCAGACUAAAUAUUGAGAAAAUCGACAGUAUCAUAGAAUUGCAAUUUAAUUCAAAUUGGCAUCCAAAAAAUCAUAAAAGAAUCGAAUUGGGAGAAAAGCAUAUUGUCCCAGCCCUACUUACAUACAUUCUCAACAUCUAUAUGACUUUGUUCCUGUAACAUCACGGCUAUAUUUAUCCAAAAUUCAAACUUUCUUUGAAUGCCGGGGUGAAAAUUCAUGAAUUGUAAAGAGCCGUUCAAACUCAUAAUAUUACAUUUUAUUAGCAGAUCUGAAAUAACUUCCCAAACAAUACAGCAGGAAGCGCUCUCGUCGUAACCUGACCAUUGAAUGGCACCCUUGACCUUAGUAAACUAAUACACAAACAUUAUCCUACAAAAUUUGCGGACAUUGCCAACUCAGGCAAAUAAAAAAUUAUAUUUCUGAAGUCCGAACUGUCCAAGUUGUGAUGUUUUUAUUCAGUAAAAUACAGUCAGAAAUGUUAAAAAAGUGGAAAUUCUGACAAAAAUAAGACUGAAAAAAACUUACUGGCCCUGAUCUCUGUCUUAUAGUUGAUUAAUGUCAUGGUUGGCAUUGAACUGAUUACUUGCUCUUAAAGCACAUUUAGAAUAAACUUCACUGACAGACUUGAAGCUGAACUUCAUUCUUUGUUUCAAAUAUCUGAAAUCAACCCAAACAUCCAUACAGUACAGCCGUCUGGAAUAAAGGGGUCGGCUGAGGUCUGUGUUGUAUUGGCCAUCUGUCAGUGUGGCUGCCGUCACUUUAAGGUUAGGGGAAAAGUAAAAUUAGGAGCAGACGUAGAGCUGUUGGACAAACACAAAGAAAAAGAGCUGGUGGUGAAGAAAAUCAGGAAGCUGAGGUCAGGAGAGGCAAAGAGAGGGAGCGAGAGAGAGAGAGAGAGAGAGAACAGUGUGUCUCAAUCAGCAGGUACAGUCUGUGCCGCCUGUGUUCGCUCACACACACACGCACGUUCCCCCCGCCGACCUGCUGCUUUGUGUGCGAUGGAAGUCACAAGUGCUGUCUGUCUGCUGGCUGUCGAAAUCAGGUACGACAGUCAUGUGAUCACAGCAAAGCCCCCCCCCCAUUCUCCUGCCACUGAAGAUGUGCAGAGCGUCUGACCCAAAUCUGCAAAGUGCAAGAAAGGAAAGCAAAGAGGAGAAGAAGAAGAGGAGGAGGAGGAGGAGGAGGAUGUAGGAAAAUUAGCAUGUCAGUGGGAAACCGGCAGAUAAAGAAAAUCAUUAACGAGAGGUGGCAGAAUCUGCAGGAAAUAAUGGAAACAUCUGGUGUUAAAAGGAGAAAAGCUGCACGAGAAAUCCUGAUUUCACAAUAAACACAUCAACUGUCUGAAAUGAUCCCGGUCAGGGAUUCAACGAUGUGCUCUGAGCUUACGGAGAAAUCCUGGAGCCUGCUAUUCCAUUUAAUUUAUGAUUUGAUUGAAUAUUUCUAAUGAUGCCUUCUGCCUGAUCUGUCCAUGCUUCACUUCAUAUGCAACAGUCAUGUGUUCAUUAUCAGAGAUCUGCACCCUCUCAUCUUUUAUAGAGACAGCUUCAGUGAUAUAAAAACAUCAGACCUGAUAGUAGGACUGGGUGAUUUGGCAAAAAAAAAUAGAUCUCAAUAUAUUUUGUGAUAUUGUCUGAUCUCGAUUUUUAUCACGAUUUUUUUUAAACUGCCAGUUUUAAAGCAUCUGUACUAAAAACUAAAAGAACUAGAGAUUAGUUCAACAUUUUUUUAACAUACGAAGUAAAUAACAAAGCAAAUUGAAUAAGAUAUACUUUGAAAAAUAUUUUUCAUUAUGUCAAAAGCAUCAUGCUUUUGGCAUAAUGAAAAAUACUGGAAGUACUUCUUCAAAUGAUAAAACAGAUUUGUUGUGUUGCCGGUUUUUGAGGCACCGACCGCCAACAUACCUUGCACAUUGGCUUAAUUGCUCGACGUCACUUUGGAGAUACCCGGACCACCGCCACACCACGGAUGUUGAACAACUUCUUAACAAUAACAUCUUCGAAGGAUGACUCAAAGUCGUGACUGACAUCUAUUUUGCUGCCCUCAGCUCCCCGUUUAGCUCCACGUUCAGUCACUCUGUUUACUUCUCCAGCAACGUACAGAAGUGAGCAGGAAAAGCUCGACUCUGAUUGGCUGUUGUGAGGCACAUUUCCGCUAUGUUUGAUCGAGUAAAUAUGCUCACAGCUGAUCACCGGGAUCGAACUAAAAUUUAUCACAAACAUCUAUCACGAUUAUAUAAUCGCCCAGUCCUACCUCAUAGUCCACACCCUCCCUGAGCUGGUCACUGAAGUUAAAGCGAGUUUGCCGAACUCUCUCUGCUCAACAGUUUCACUAACAUGCAGAAAAGCGGGAACUUUAACACACCGUUGGUUGAAUCCGUGAAAUAAACUCCUGUAUGUGGAUGUUAGCAUAGUAUUUGUGUUGAAGCGCAACUCCGUCUUUAAAAUGCUGACUCAACCUCACUGUCGGUUGAUCUACCAAGCUGAAAAGAGUUUGUGUGGAGGCUGAUUGCGAUUUUCGUCAUCCACCAAUUCCUACCGGAUCCGUUUGUGAGGCGAAUUUCGUGGCGGAUUACGGACAGCAGAAAUCGCGAGAACUCACAAGAACCCAUGGAUUCACAUGCAAUCACCCGAUAACAAGUUGUCUUUAGCCACAUAGGCUAACCAUAUAAGCAGUAGAUUGUGUCCUUCCAGAGGAGGAAAUCUACUUCUAGACUUAUAGAAUUAGCAUCCCCUCAUCCUUGGUAUUAUCGGGGUGAAUUGACGUCUGUAAACCUUUUACUUGUUCAUCCCCGCUCGUUUGCAUGGUUUGAAAUAUGAUCCGCCUGAAACACAGAGUGUUUUAUUUUGAAAAGAAGCCGGAUGUUUUAUUUUGUGUCUGUGCCCGACUUCCUUUCCAGCACAAGUUAAUCUGUGCUGAAUUUAUCCGGCAUGCUGCGGCAUCCGGAAAUAAUAGAACUCUUGCGAUCUCAGCUGCGGAGUCCGGCGAUCCGCAGUGAAACGGAAAGAAGCCGGUGGAUCAGCUACGAUUGGUGUAUACGGCCUUUUUGUAGCCGUUCCUGAUGUGGUGGAAAUUGGGGGUCAGUCAAGUUGGUUGAGCCUCGAAAUCAUCAAACCUUAAUUGUUUUACAAAAAUUCACUCUGUACGGUGUUAGCUGUGAAUGUGUUCAGAAAUGUUGUCUUUUGAAUAGGUGUGUAUGUGCUUUUUGGUGCUACAGGACAGGAACCGGCCUCUAGUGGACACUCAAGGAAUUGCAUUUCCUUUUCUUCCUAAUUUCUGAGGCCUGGAGGUUACAGCUGUGGCGUCUCUGACUGUAAUUGUUUUUGACAUUAAAACAGCUGAUAUGAGGCCAAUAUAUAUUUGUCUGUUUGUUAUAUUUCAUGUAAUCAUGUCAUUCAGAGCUGAAAACGGGGGAAAGUGACAAAAAACACUGAAGAGGAGGGGCGAUCAGAUGAACCACAAAUGAGAUGAGGGAUAAGAUGCUUCCCCUCUUUUUGUGUGUGUGUGUGUGUGUGUGUGAUUGAAUGUUGGUGCACUGCUGAGAGGAGAAGCUGCCUCUUCACAUCUCUGUUCUCUUAAAUUCCUUUUGAAAUCAGCGAGCUAAAUUUAGCUUCGACACCCCUCCCCCUCCUCAGUUUGAGAGGUAUCAGAGCUACAGCAGUCAGUGAUAGGCGAGCGUUUUGAUGUGCACACAUACUAACACACACACUAACACGCACUAACACACACACACACACACACACUCACAGAUUAAAGUGAGUGUCUGUGAGUGGGAGGGCGCUGUGUCUUUGUGCGCACACUGUGGGCUGUAGUGAUGAUAAAUUGUUGCUGUGUGGUAAAUGAGCUCUGAGUAACCACCUCUCUCUCUCUCUCUCUCUCUCUCUCUGUCUCUCUCUCAGGGCGGCUGCCUCUUGAGGACAGUGGGGGCUCUCCAUGAUCCCCCCUUCAUCCGAUGAACCCCCUCAACUCCAUGAAACCCUCCCUGCCUCCCACUCCACAAAGGUACCCACACACACACACACACACACACACACACACACACACACACACACACACACACACACACACACACACACACACACACACACACACACACACACACACACACACACACACACACACACACACACUCUCUCUCUCUCUCUCUCUCUCUCUCUCUCUCUCUGCAGUGACAUUAUUGGCGUCCUCAUGUGACACCUCACCUGCUCUGCCCUGUGGUGUGUUUGUUUUGGUUUGUUAUGCACCACAGACGGCCUCAAACACGUUGUCUGGCUUUCUUCGGCUCACCUGGAUUCACCUGAAGAGGCUUCAAGUUUUCUUUUGAACUUUUUACUUUGGAAAUAAAAAGUCACCCAAAGAGUUAAAAGCAUACAUCUUAAACUGUGACACUUUGGCACACAUGAAGCGUUGAAAGAGUUUGUCAUGACUCUCUUUGAGCCUCAGAUACAAACAAGCAGGUGAAUGUUGUUCAGAUUUGUCACACAUUCUCACUGAAACUCCAAAAAAACUGAUCAUAAAUCAAAAAUUCAUGCUCUAAAAUGAGCUGUGAAUAUGAAGCUAUGCACACAACAUCUAAAAACCCCAGUUCUGAAUUAGAAACAUAUUAAAAAUGUUAAAGUGCAGAAAGUUUGGUCAGAACAUUUCCAAAAGAAGUUUUCUGAGCAGGAGACAGAGGUGCACUCCUCAGGUCAAUACUCACAUUUUAAUUCACUUGACUUUCUUUUUUAACUACAGUGUUAACAUUUUAAUUAAACUACCGUUCAGUAGACAUUUUAAAUUUUGAAUACACCCAGAACCAUCAGUGGAGUCUUUUAAUCAGCUUUUUAAAUCCCAGAAUUAAAAACUAAAAUUGUAGAAAACUUGAGGAGCUCUUCUCUAACACAGGUGAAAAACUAAGAAAUGAAAAUGCCAAAGUGAUUCCCUUUAAAUACCUGGGGGACCAAACUGUAUGUAGUCUAUAUGCAGUAAAUAAUGGUCUAAAAUCUGCCUUGUUUUUACUACCAACACAUUUAACAGACUAUUAUAAUAGAUUCAUCACGCCUCAGUUAGUUUACAUCAAUUAUUUCCAGAACCAUGAGUGGUGUUUUUAACCAGCUAGAUCCAUUUCACCAACAGUUUUUUAAAAUCUUCUAUAAAUCACAAAGAAAAUCAACAAAAACCAUCUAAAACUAUGAAAUAAAAAUGUAGAAAACUGUAGGAGCUUGUCUCUAACACAGGUGUAAAACUAAGAAAAGAAAAUGCCAAAGUGAUUCCCUUUAAAUACCUGAGCGACCAAAUUAUGUGUUGUCUAUAUUUGGAAAAUAAACUCUGCUUCACUUAAAUAUUGACACAGGUAACUUUGACGCAGACUAUCACAGAGUUGCAUUUGACCUUUGACACUUUAAUCUGAAUUCUGUAGUUGCUAAAAGUUAAAAGUCUCUGUUUUCAGAGACCAAAGUGAACUCCUGAUCAGCGUUUUUUUCUGAAUUUUAAAUUAAAUGAAACAGAAAAUCCUAAAAUGUUUAAAUUCUUAAUUUGCAAUAAUUGAAGAUAUUUUGUUUUUGAAACAGAGGCUGUAAUAAUGGAUUCAUUAAAAAUGGGCAAGAAAAAGUUGUUUAUUCAAUAAAGCAAAGAGUUAAAGGGAAUAGUAGUUGAAAACGCUUUUCUGAGUCCGAGUUUGAUCAGUUGGUCUUCCUGUUCGCAUGAAGAGCAGUGGCCUACAGUAUAUCUACAGUAUGUAGUAUAUUGUAUCUACAGUAUAUAUUUUUUAUAACUUUAUACAAAAUUAAAAAAUCUGCCGAUUAAUUGGGAUUCAGAUUUUUUUCCCCCCUAAUAAUCGGUAUCGGCAUCAGCCCCAAAAAAUCCAUAUCAUUCGGGCCCUAAAACCAACCUCAACAAAAACGCCACUCUAUAGCCACAAAUAAUGUUCAGAACAGCAACAACUUCAUCAACAGUACAUAUAGGGUCCCAGCCACAGUACUAGCCACCAAACAUCUUUUAGAAUAGAAUAGAAUAGAAUAGAAUAUUCCUUUAUUGACUUUUUAUUCCUUUUUAACUUUGACUAAUUUCUUUAGCAAAGAGACUGAACACAACUCACCUACUCUCUUCCAGCAGCUGCUUGUUUGUACGGAGACCUCAGGCCAGUCCAUUACGGACUACAGCAGGUGACCCAGCUUAAAGAAGAACAUUUAUGAUAAUUUCUUUAUCAUUUCCGUUAAGUUAUAAUCACCAUAUUAAUCAUUUUGCACUGCAGAUGUGGUAGUUCUUCUGCCUUUGCUUCUCAGUCUGAUUACAUUUCCAUUAAGUAAUGUUGAUGUACUGUUGAUGAAGUCAGGUGCUGUUCUGAACAUUAUUUGUGGCUAUAGAGUGGCGUUUUGGUGGAGCUUUGUUUAUGGCUCCUCAGACCGCUGUGUAUUGCUAUCCUGCGGUCUUUACUAAAUUUAGUAAAACUAGAGAAGAAAUAAUUUUUGCAGCUUCAAACCAUCCUGCAGAUCCAGAUCCUGUCCCUUCUGAAUCUGUGCUUUUGAAUAACCACAGUCAUUGAGAGCUUAUGUGUCAGAUGAGUCAGAAAACCCUCAUGUGCUUUUUUGGGAGUUUCCAUUUUUUAUUUUUCAUAAUUUUUUGCAAAGUUUCUGGAAAAGAUGAAGUUUUUAUCCACAUUUUACAUUCCCAAAACCAUCAGUGGACUCAAACUCUGACGUGAGAUCGAACAGAAGACUGAAAGUGAUAUUCAUUAAAGUAAAACAUCAAUAUUUUCCCGUCUGAAUUUUCGACCAUUGCAGUGAAAUAUAGCUGAUAUGGGUCCAAAAAGACUAGGAGAUUUGAUCUGAGUUGGAAGAUAAAUCAAAAAUGGCCGUGAGCACAACAACUUGUUUCCUGUGUGUGUUCUUGUUAAAUCAACAAAGAAAAUCUGAAUAAAUGCCAUCAGACAGGGUUCAGCUGCUUCAAACCCUUAAUCACCGACCGUUGAGUCAAUCGACUGUUGAGCGUUCAGUGUCGGGUCUGUUUUGGAAGCAUCUUGAUUAGGUUUACUCAAGCCAAAACACUCUUUAAUUGAGUGCAGCCACAAAGCCUUCUGACUGCUCUAUUUCUCCUCAGAAAGCCAUGAAAGCAGGAGACGUGCUGCCAACUCACUGACACGACACGCAGCCUCCAGAAACAAAGAGAGAGAACAAACUCACCGGGAUUCAAUCAGAUCCUCUCUGCCUGAAAAUAAUCUGAUGAUUUUGGCCCCCAAAAGAGAAGAAAAUGGACUGUAACAUGUUCGGGAUUUUAGAUUUAAGACAGUGUAAUACAGUGGAAUAUAAUUCAAAAUAGACCAGUAUAAAAAUAUAGAUGAUACGGUGUGGUAUGAUACUAAGUGAUGAAACAGUACAAUAUAAAACGACAAGAAACAACUGGAAACAAUACUUACUAAUACUAAUACUAAUACUAAUAAAAUAUGACACAGUAUCCUGUGAUAUAAUACAUGAUGAUACUAUAUAGUACCAUACAUUACAACACUGUACAAUGUGCUAUAAUAUGAAACAACUUAAUAUGAUGAAAUGGGAUAAAGGUUGAUGUGAUGCAGUACAAUAUAAUAGGGUAGAGUCGGGUACAAUAUGAGAAGACCGCAGGUGAUACUCUACAGUAUAUGAUAUAAUACAAAUAUAAAAUUUUACUGUGUGGUACAAAUUGAACGAACAGUACUACAGGAACAGGCAAGACACGGUAUAAUUCAAUAAGAUCUAAAAUUAUAAGGUGAAGUACAGCACUGUAGAGUUUGAACUGAUACUUAAAAGAUACUUUGGGUAAGAUACGAUACAAAACAAUACCAAAUGAUACGCCCCACAAUAAUAAUAAUAAUAAUACAUUUUAUUUGUAGUGCCCUUUACAUCAAGCGACCUCAAAGGGCUAUUUCUUUAAAAGCAAAGAAAUUUCACAGUUCACGAAUAUAAAUACAGGUUAUUGGUCAAAAAAACAAGAGAAACAUCUCAUUUACAGUGUAAAAGCAAGAUAAGCAUUUUUUUUUUUGGCAGCAUGGGCUGCGUGAUCACAGACAACAUCUCGGUACUAUUUAGUGGCAGCGCACGCCCCUUGUAAUAAACCCCAUGAAAACUGUUGUUUAGGACUGCUUUCUUGUGCUUCCUACCCACUUGGCUACUGUGAUAACCGUUGUUCUAGCCUAAGCGCAACAUUUUUGUUCUCAUUCAUGAAACGCUUAAAUCGGGGACAGCUUUUGCCGGGGGACAGGUCACCCAAUUCGGGGACUGUCCCUGGAAAUCGGGGACGUCUGGUCACCUUUUAUAACAAUACUUGAGAUAAUAUAUGAUAUAAUAUGUUAGGACAUGACACAAUACUUUAGAUAAAAUAUGAUAAGACAUAACAAUACUUGAGAUAAUGUACGAUAUGAUAUGAUACAAUACUCAAGAUAUGAUAUGAUACAGUAUGAUUAGAUAUGACACUUAAGAUAUGAUAUGGCACAUUGAGAUAUGAGUAAGAUAUAAUAUGAUAUGAAAUAAUAAAUAAGUUAUAAAUAAAUAAUAUGAUAUGAUAUAUAAUAUGAAACAAUAUGCAUGGAUGUGAGACAAUACUAUAAAUUGGAUGCAAUAGGACACAAUGUUACAAGAUACUAUACUAUGCAUACAAUAUGAUACAGUAUGAUAUGAUAUGAGACCUGAUUUGGAAUGAUUAUUAUGAUUGGAUACAAUAAGAUUUGAUAUGAUACAAUACAACAUGAUUCGUUACAAUACAAUACAAUACUUUAGAAAAAAAAUGAUAUAACAGGAAAGGACAUGAUACAAUACACUAUGAUACAAUACAAUACGACAUGAUUGGAUACAUUGCUAUACCAUAUAAAACAAUUAAAUAUAAUUGGAUGUGACAGUAGGUAUGAUAUGAUAUGUUAUGAUAUGAUAAGUUAUGAUAUGGUACAAUUGGAUACAAUGAGAUAUAAUAUGAAACUAUAUGUAUGGAUGAUACAAUACCACAGAAUUUAAUACAAUACAAUGCAAAAGGAUACAAUAUAAUAUGAUACGAUACUAUGCAAUACAAUAUGACACAGUAUGAUAUGAUAUGAGACCAAAUUUAGUACGAUAAUUAUGAUUGGAUACAAUAAGAUUUGAUAUGACACAAUACAACAUGAUUGGAUACGAUACAAUCCUUUAGAUUAUAUAUGAUAUAACACUAAAGGACAUGAUACAAUACAUUAUGAUUUGAUACAUUGCUAUACCAUUUGAAACAAUACAGUAUGAUUGGAUGUGACACAUAAGGUAUGAUAUGAUACGAUAUGAUGUGUUAAGUUAUGAUAUGGUACAAUGAGAUAUGAUAUGUAUGAAUGUGAUACAAUACUACAGAAUUUGAUACAGUAUGAUAGGAAAAGCUAUAAUAAUGUACAAUGUGGUGUGGUUUAUUUAAUCUGACAUCAGAAGAUACUGUAGCGUUAGAUGAUAUUUGAUACAGUUAGCAGUUAGAAUGUUAGCAGCACAUGAGAAUUAUGAGGUUUUGUUGAGCUACAGUAUGAGUAUGGUGAGUUAGGAGAACACAUGAUCGGAUCCAGUUUGAUAGGAUUUCUGACAGGUGGGCUGAAGCAGUUAUAUGAGAGCAGUUAGAGAGACUUUCUCUUUUUCUUGUAGUCCUGAAUAUGAAUCAGGAAAAAGGACUCAGAUUAAGGGAGUUCAAUCUAACUGACCCUGUAAGUUUGUCUGUGGUGGAUCCUGCAGAGAGAUGGUUCAGAGGGAGGAAGUGAGGUAACCUCAGCUGUCAGAUGACUAAAACAAACUCAGGUUAAUUGUGUUAAUCUCUGAGGUUUAAAUUAAGUAUUAAUUCAGCUCUGUCUCUGAGCUGCUUUAGUGUAAAUAACCUCAAACGGAGAGUUAAACACUCGUUAAUGAGCAGACACAGAAACACUCAAACAUCUCAUAUCUGCAUGAACGCUCUUUUCUGAACCUUCCCGACCAUCCCAGUAACUCGGCUUCUUCUCCUCCUGCAGCAGUGACGGCCCCUUCCUAAAUGACCCAGUCUCCUGGCAACCAGGCACCAAUCAGCACGCAGGAUCUCUCUCUGUAGUAACCACAGUGUGGGGCGUGACCAAUCCCACACACAGCCAGGUAACACAUGCCUCAGCACCCGGGGACAUUCCUCCUCUCCUCUUUUUAUUCGCUCUAAUCAGACAAAAAAAAAAAAAAAAACAGCUACAGCAACAAAGAGGAGGCAAAGGCCGGUUUUUGUUUUAUUUAUCCAUGAAAUCCAGGCCGUUAGGAAUCAGAUUAUUACUGCAAAAGGACGGUUUUGGGGGUCUAUGUGUGUUAAAGCUGCUUAAAUUAUAUUCAUGAAUAAGGGUUAUAAUAAAAAGCAAUUGGGAUGAUUUCAAAAAUAUGCACAUUUGGGACAAAAUAUAGAUAUCUAAGGUAGAAUACAGAUGUUUAGAGGGUAAUAGUGACCAAAAACUCAGUAUUUGUAUCUGCAAAUAUGCAAAAAAAAGUCUUCCUCUGAAUGUGUCUCCUUUGUGUGAGAAGGAUAUUUUCUGAAGUUUGUUUUAUGAGAUUCUGUGAGAAGAGACAAGGCCGUUAAUGAAAAAUCUGUUUCAUUAUUAAAGUCGUAAAUUUCUGAGAAAACAACACGGAUGUCCUCUGUGAUUUUCAAGCUUGUAUGAGGAGUUUAAAUAGACUGAAAUUCUUUUUUUUUUUUUAAGUCCAAAAGAAAACAAGACCCUCAGCAACAAAACUGAUGAUUUUCAUAUCCUAAUUUGGAUGCCGGAAACCAAAAGAAAUCACCAUUUACGCACACUGAGGACAAGAUAAGCAAAGGAUGUUUGGUCCACAGGGGGCGCCAAAAUCUGAGACAAACCUCAAGUUCCUCACGGGAGCUUCAAGUUUUUAUUAUUGGAAACAAACUGAGGUGUUUUCUUACAUAAAAUUUGCAAAACUUAAGAUAAACACUCAGAUUUUGACAAAACAGUAGAAAUAAUUAAAGCUCCUGAAAUGAUCUUCACCAUAAAAGAAAACCAGAUUAUCAACAUAGAGAUUAACUUUUCUGUGAAGUUGUUUGAGGUGUUUAUGUCGUUUUAUGUUGAGAUCAUUUAGAUUUGUCUUAUUUGAUGUUGUCAUUGGUUUCAUAAGAGUUGUAGUCAUACUCUAUCAUCAGCUAUAUUUCUUUUUUAUUUAAAGGUGGGGUAGUCAGGAUCUGAGGAAGUCCCAGUUAUAGGGAGAAAUCUUGAAUGUAAACUCUACUCCUCCCAACCAGUUUUCCCCUCAGCUCCUCCUCUCCCCUCCCUCUCUGCUCCAGCAAGCCCCGCCCACAAACAGAUGCUCCUGCUCGCUCGUAUUGUUCCAAUUAAAUUCAGAUAUAAUGCAGACAAAUACUUUAGAUAGUUACAAAUGGGACCCAGUCAACAUGAAAGUAAACAGCAUUGGUGCUACUGUAGAUGCCAACAGACUACCAGCAAACACAAUGUUUGCAGGACUUCUACAACUAGGAUAAAGUGACAUACUCCAGGAGCCGAGGUUAACAGUUUAGCGGCGCUACAACACGCUAGAGCAGGUUCCAUUUGUUAAGAAACACUUCUGUUACAGACACUUGGCUUACUUUGUUUAAGCGGUUUACCUGUCCAGCAUCCAGCGGAGUGCUCUGAAAUUUUAAAAUGUUGACUACACAAACAUAACAAAACACAGCAAUAUUGUUAUAUUCCCAAAUGUCAUCAAUAAUUACUAUCUAUUGACUGAUAUUAAAAGUUCACCUUUAAAGCUCCUUUCAAGAACUUUUGCUUUGUGUCAUUUUUGACGCCCCUAGUGGACGUGCUCUAGACUAGGUAGGAAUAUCAGUCAUUUUAAUCAACAGGGUUUUACAGCUGCAGACGAAACAGAUUAAACUUAAUUUAUGCGUGUUUUUUUUUACUGUUUUCACUUCUAGCAGUCAGAUUUUAUUGUUUUUUUCCUCUGGUUUAUCGUUCACCUAAUUUAGCUCGCUUUAUUCUAAUUUUAUAAUCAAACUGAAACCCCACAGUACUUGAGUCAGAGCAUUUAUUUAAAAAGCUGUGAAUGGAGGAUGUAAGCUAACUCCACGGGCUGUUUCUCUCCUGUGAUUAAAUAAAGUUGUAAAUAAACACUUGAAAGCUGCUCUUAAAGGUCACUCCUACGCUCGGCGGUAAGUAGGAGGAAGCUGCUCGAUUCGCUCACAGAGAAAACAAAAAAAAUGAUUUUACUCCCUGUUCGGCUUCUUGAAACAUUCGAGUGUGAUUUUCUCAGCUUAUUAAAUCAGAGCUGCACAUAUUUGGUUUCUCUUGAACGUGUGGGAGUUAAAACACUUCAUGACUUCACUAUCCAGGGAAAUAUCUCGUAGAGGCCGUCAUCUAUCAAAAGACAUUAUGUGAAAUGUGAGCAAGCCAAAAAACAUCACAUUUGAAAUAUUUUUAGAGUUUUAAAUGGCAUCUGGUCUGAAAUUUUUUAUGCAAAAUGUAGUUUUGUGCUUUAUCGUGCAAGGAGGUAAAGACGAGUUUAAAAAUCUGUGUUAGGUAAAGACGAGCUCUGCUGAGGGAGUGGGAGGUUUGGACGUGAUUUUACAUCGAAUCAACAGGUGAUCAGGGGAAGUGUUGGCUUUGAAUCAACUGGAGAAAACAACAGAGGUGAAUUAAGGCCGCUGUUUACUGGAAAAACUGAUCCAAGUCCUGGUUCAGGUCAGACUGUUUGGCUCUGUUCUCAGUGACCGCUCAUGCAGUCCACUUCACACUUCAUACUGCGCUGGAGCUUCAGCUGAAUCAACCCAACAGACAGUAAAAUGCUGCUCCGUCACCAGCACCAAAUUUACAGCAAUUAUUCAGCCGGUAAAUCUAAACUUAAACGCCGAGUUUGACAGGAAUGAGACAAACAGUUCAGGAGAUGUGCCCUUUAUGGGCAGUUUAAGCUGCAAUCUGAGAAAUCUGAAGCAAAUAUCUGAACAAAUAUGAUGAUGAAUGACCCAAAAACAUUUAUAUCAACAGCCUGAUUGUUCAGUGUAUCUUUCGUGAAUAACACGAAAAGUUUCUUUAUUUGGGUCAAAACUCUUCAAUUAAGUGUUCAAAGUUUCGUUAAAGUCAUAGUUUUGUUUUACGGUCAGCAGCCAGCUGUCUUCACCCUCCCACCGAAUAAAAAAUAAACAUUAAUUAGAUAAAACUUAUCAUUUCAGAACAAAAACUUAAAAAACAGACUUUAUCUGGUUUGAAAGUUUUGAGAUUAAAGUUUAAAGAUGUGAGUGUUUCAAAUAGACAGUCUGAACUUGGAUCGUCUGCCCUCAGUUCAACUUUCAUUUUGACUCUUCAGUGAGAAAAUGUCAGAGUGAUGUGGUUUCUGUUUUUCCUUCUCCUCCUCCUCUUCCUCUCUGAUUGACUCUUUUCUCCUCCUCAUGGUUCAGAUGACGGCUCACUCUGAAAACCUUUCUCUCUCUCCCUUUGUUUCCCUCACAGGUGUUCGGUGCCCCUAUGGGUCCAGGUGAGAGCUCUGGUGGUCACAUGAUGCCCGGCGGUAGUCCUGGGAUGGGUCCUGGUAUGGGCUCCCAGUUCAUGGGGCAGCAGUCUUACGGAGAUGCCGUCUCUAAGGGAUACGGUCAGCCGGUGAUGUACGGACGUCCCAGCGCUGCUUAUAACCCCGCCUCUGCGUAUGGGGGGAGGUACGCAGCUUUUCCGUCAGCUUUGAGUUUUACUUUCAAAUUCACUCACAAGGUUCUCUAAAGACCCAAACAAAUCACCUUCCUGCUUUUUGACUCUCUGCUGAGAGCUCAGGUUUCUUUGUCUGAAGGUUCUGCUCUGAAUUCAAGCUGCUCACAAAUGUCCUCGACUCUUUGAUAAAAGCUGCAAUUGUUUCUUCAUUUCCUCAACUGUCGAUCACACAUGAAAGGAGAUGCACAGGUGCAGCAGAGUCGGCUGUUUGAACCGUCCAACUUUGAGCCUGUCUUGAUUAAAAAGUUGAAUAAGAUCCAACUUUUUAAGAAAAUACAUAAAAGUAAGUCAUUUCUAAGGUAUGAAAACAAGUUAGAGAUCUGUUAAAAUGUCUGAAAGUAACAUAACCAACUUGUGCUUUUAAUUCUUUUAAUGCUUUUAACAUUUCUUCAAGUGUGUCAAGCAGCAAAAAAACAAGUUUAAAAAAAUAAUUCAUUAAAGUACAGACUUAAGAUUAUAAUCAGAAUCAACUCAAAUAAAAAGUUGUUUACAGGAGCUUCAAAUUUGAAAUAAUGAAAAUACAGAUUUUAUUUAUGUUAGUUUCAAUAAAAUGUUUUAAAGAAAACAAAAAAAGUAUUCCUAACUUUGAAAUAAAAGUUAAAAGGAGAAACAAGAAGCAAAAAAAUGAAAACAACAAAAAAAAAACAGAAAAUUAAAAAUCCAAACUUUGUUAAAGUUUUUUAAAAAAGUUUUUAAAAGGAAAAACAAAAAUGUGUUUCUUGUUAAAUAAAAUAAGUUGAACAUUUGUAUGCAUGCGAAAUAUAGUAUUUAUAUUUUUUAUUGUUAGUCAAAAAACAGUUUUUUUUUGUCACACAACGCCCCAAAAAAUACUUUUUAUUAUUGUUGUAAUAAAGAGAAUAAUUUAAAAAAGAGAAUAAUUAUUUUUUUAAAUCCCAAAUUUGUAGUUUUCAUUUAUUAUCUAUAUAAAGUAUGAAUAUAAAAACAGAAAAAUGAAAAUAUUUGAUGAUUUCUUUCAAACAGGAAAAUCAUAAAAUCAAGAAAGCACCAAAUAAAUGAACAACAAGAAAAAAAAAUCCAAAUUUUUAGAGAGUACAAACAAUGUUUGAAUUAAAUUGUAAUCAUGAAAUGAAAAUAAAAUGAUAAAUCUUGAACUGAGCGGUGCUGCAGUCUUCAUGCUGCUGUUCCUCUGAGCUCUUUCUGCUGGAUUUUGCAUCAACAUAUGUCAGUUUGGCUGUUAUCACCCACUGCUCUGACUCACUGCUAAUGAUGGAGACACACACACACACACACACACACACACACACACACACACACACACACACACACACACACACACACACACACACACACACACACACACACACUCCUCCCACUCAUCUCCAUGUCUUCCCCUGCAGUUACUCUGGAAACAGCGGAGGUGCCGGGCUUGGCGUGCGUCCUCCCUCAGACUUCACGCAGGCUGCUGCCGCUGCCGUUGCCGCCGCCGCUGCCACAGCAACCGCCACUGCUACGGCAACAGUUGCAGCAAUUCAGGAGAAGCAGAACCAGGAGAUGAGCUAUGGACAGGUACAUGUUUCUGACAGGGGAAGGUGUCUGUCUGCAGAUGAAUGAGAGUGAAGGCAGAACGCUUAGAGCUCCCCCUGUUGGCUGCCUGCAGUGACAGUCACACAGCCUGCCUCCUUUAUUGACAGAUGGGACUUUUGUGAAACUGUCAUGUCAAAAUACUGUCAGAGGAACUUUUGAAAACAUUAGAAAAGUAAAGAUUUCUGCAUCACUGUGAUAACCUGGGUUUAUUAAACCUGGAUUAAUUUACCAUCUGUUAAAAAGAGGAGUAGUUGAGAUUUCUCUGAGAGUUGGAGUUCAAUUCAUCCCUCACACAAUGUGACGUGACUCACUGCUGGAGCUCUUCUUUGGCUCGAAUGAACAUGAAGCCUCCAGGUUGAAUCAUCAGCUUAAAAAAAGAAUUGUGAAAGACCGUGUAACUGCUGUUUUAAGCUCUGAAAUAUCACGUUCAAACUCCGCUCACAGGGAUAUUCUGGUAUUUUUAACCUGCGCCCUUUUUUAAGAAACAUUAGGGCAAAAGUUGCUCACAGGUAAAUAAAAUUUGGAGCACACAAACCUCUUUCCUCUGUGCCCCUCAAUAGGAGGUUUUCAGUCACGUGAUCCUGACUUUGCGCGACAACCAAAUGGAGGGCAGGAAGCGACCGACUGCAAUGGAGGAGAUGCGGGAAAGCUCGUAUUACACCGGUUUAGAUGCGUGAAGGUAUUUAGCCUUAGAUGGAGUUUACCACCCGCUUUGGGCUGCAUUCCCAAACAACCCGACUCCGAGAAGACCAGACCCCGGCGCGACGGGGGCCGCUACCGGCCUCACACUGUCCACAGGAUUCGGCGCUGGGCUCUUCCCUCUUCGCUCGCCGCAACUGAGGGAAUCCUGGUUAGUUGCUUUUCCUCCGCUUAGUAAUAUGCUUAAAUUCAGCGGGUCGUCUCAUCUGAUCUGAGGUCGUAGUUGGAGGAUGAGGGUCGGGGAGCGGGGAUAGGGGGCCAAAAGGACCCCCCUUUUCCCCGUCCGCCCCCUCCGGAGCUCUGGGGCACUCCCAGCGUGUCCGGCCGCUCCGCACCCCCCUCCCUACACAGUUUGACACGACUCAACAUCGAGAUAAGAGAAUUUAACUACGGGCUGAAAAUGAGUCAUUAUCUUUGACAAAGUGGUCACUGCACACACGGGCAUUAUCCAACGCAGCUCCUCCAGACCGUAGGCCAGUGGUUUUUAAAAUCCAGUUCUCGAGCCCCCCCGUCCUGCAUGUUUUGGAUGUUUACCUGCUCCAACACACCUGAUUCAAAUGAUCAGCUCGUUGUCAAGCUCUGAAAUGGCUUAAUAACCACUGCCGUAGGCGGAGAUUAAAAAGCCAUUUUUUGUGGUGUUUUUCAGUCAGCUUCUUACAUCUUUCCCCUUUGUGAAAAACUACUUUGGGCACACGAUAAAAGCUUUAUCGUUUUUUUCCCUGUUCGAUCAAUUCGAGCAGCCGUAAACGGAGCAAAACAUCGGCAUGUUGCUGGACUCUAUAGCAGCAACUCACUUCUUGCCCUCCAUCUGUAUUGCACGCGUGCCGCGUAACACGGAAGUGACGUCAAGUGAAAACCUCCUAUAACUGCCUAACCCUGAACCUGUAUCGCCCUCCCCAAGACACACCCCCUCUGGCAGCGCAAGGAGCCAGUCGGCAGAAGAUCCUAUGCUAGCUUCAAAUAGGAUUCACCAUGUCGGAUUGUUAGUGACUAGCGGCAGUAAACGCCAGCUCUGCUAGCGAGCGCCAUCUGCAGCUGCCUGAACAGCUACCGUGUUGAAAUUGCAAAGACCGAUAAGAGUUAUUUAUGUAACAUGUGCCACGAUAGAAGGCGAUAAAAAUGACCUGUUCAACAAAAAACUCUGCUGUCUCAGCGUUUGUUUUCAGACCCAAAUCCUGGCUGAGCUUUCUCCACCGCUCCAAGGAUGACCCAAUAUUAAUUCCAGUUAGAUUAUUCCUCGCCUGGUCAUAUUAACUCUUCGACUCCUCCCUUUUUUCUGUCGGCUUGCGUUUUCUUCCCACUUUUGGCGGUGGGGCGAGCAGAAGUGUUUUUUUUUUUUUUUUUUGGUGUCCUUCUCCAUCACAGCUCCUGUAACUAAGCUGCUACGCUACUUUUAGCCGCUCAGAGCUCUGAGGAGGGCCGGGGGAGUGGGAGUGGAUGAGUCGGAACUACGAGAGAGGGGUGUGUCGAAUACAGCGAGGUGAUUGGAUGGAGAGGCGGAGCAGGAGAUUGACCAAUAGGAGCUGUCUGGGACGCAUGGCUCCCUUUGGUUAAUGUUUUGCAGCCCUGCAGCUGAUAGAGUGAACGUAUUUUUUCCGUUCUUUUUUCUCUUCACUUUGUGGAGAUCGCACUAUAGGACCAUGAUCACCAUAGAAACAAGGUUAAUAAAAAUGACCAAUCUCUACAAUCGUCAACAAUGCCUUUAAAUCUCGUUUUCCUCGCUGACAGACUCAUAUUGUUUUUCUAAGUGAUUGAUAACGUCAUAGAGACAGACCUCUCUGAACACAGUCUAACAAGGAAACACUCCAAGAUAAAUGAGCCUAUUUUGAGCCUCUUCUGAGAAUAGUCCUUGUAAAAUAGAGUGACUCUGCAGCCCCCAGUUUGAGUCCUGCCUUUAACUGACAGUCUGCUGACUCAGGAGUCAGAAUUCAGGGUUGCUCCUUGCUGGUUUUCUACCUUCAGGCUGGUCUGGAUGUUCGCAGUGAUGUGGAGAGGUGCAGAGCAGAAGCUGGUUUUCUGCUGUUUGCUCAGGUUGACCACACAUGCCUCCUAUUAGCAGCAGACAUUCCCUAAUCUGACUCCGCUCUCUGUGCCAGAGUGUUUACUCGGUGGAGCGUAUGUUUACACUCUGAGUGACGGCGCAGAAGUUCAGCAAAUACUGUCAGGAUGAGUUUGAUGGGUUACUGUUUUCAGCCCUAAAACAAAAAUACUCCAUACUCCAAUACUCCAAAAUACUCGUCAUUGUACUUUAUUCUCAGAUGCGGGGCGCAUCCUCGUACAGCACCCAGUUCCUGCCCCCCGUGGCCCCCCCAGUUUGAUGCUGAAAAAGAUUAAAAAUGAGUAGAAAAUUAGAAAUAUUUUAAAAAAAUGUAAGGAACUCAGGUCAAAGAAAUGUAGUUUCAAUUGAGAAAUGUCAGUUAAGUGAAAAAAAUCUAAACUUCUGUAGUUUGUGGAACAAGAAGUGAGAAAAGGAAAUAAAAAAUAAAAUAAAUAUUAAUUGAAACUUAAAAUUCAAACUUUGGUAAUUAAAAAAAUAGUUUUUAAAAGGAAAAACAAAAAAUAUGUUUCUUUUCUUGUUUUGUAAAAUUAGUUUAAAAUUUAUAUACGAAAAAAAUAUUUAUCUUUUUAUUAUUAGUUAAAAAAAACCACAAAGCCAAAUACAAAAAAUAUAUAUUUUUUACUAAAGUGUAAUAAAGAGAAUAAAAAAUAAAUAAAUAAAUAAAUUGUAGCCUUUUGUUUAUUAUCUAUAUGUAAAAUUACUUUUGAAAAGGAACUUAAAAGUAAAAACAGAAAAAUGACAAUAUUUAAUAUUUUCUCUCAACCAGAUAUUAAAAAUAAUGAAUUCAAGAAAGCACCAAAUAAAUAAAUAACUGUCGGCAUGAGUUUGACGGUUACUGUUUUCAGCUCUGCAAAAUACUCACCAUCGUACUUUAUUCUCAGAUGGGGGGCGCGUCCUCGUACAGCACCCAGUUCCUGUCCCACUCGGGCCCCCGCGGCCCCCCAGGGAUGGUCUCCUCCAGGCCUGGACCUCCACCUUCCAGCGGGGGGAUGUAUCCCUCUCACCCCGCCCAGAGUCAGAAGAUGCCCCAGCAUGGAGGGUACCAAGGAGGACAGCAAGGACUCAAACGGCCUUUUCACUCAGAGGUCAUUAAAGGGCGAAAAACGUGUUUUAAAUACUAAAAAAAACACUGACUUUCUUGGAGUUAACGAGCUGUUGUGUUUCCUCAGGGUUUCCCAGUGCAGCAGUAUGGCUCUGGGGGGAUGUCUGGGUACCCUAACCAGCCUCUUCAGUACCCUGCAGGUCCACCACAGCGCUGUGCCCCCUCCCCUUCCUACCCCUCCAGCAGGAUGCCCCUCAUGGGACAGUACAGCUCUGGAUCUCACAACCAGGCACAGUUCCCACCUGGAGCCGGACAACCAAACCCCCCACAGUACUACAAGGUAAUGGAUUUAAAGGGAUAUUCCGGCAUAAAAUUAAUUUAAAGUCAAACACACUGUAACACCGAGUUAGACACCUCCGAGAGAGAUGAAUGUUGCUGACCGCUUACUUCUCUAGUUAUACCAACUUUAGUAACAACUGCAGAUAGCAAUACAGAGAGCCACGCGCUCAACCAAAACGCCACUCUAUAGCCACAAAAAAUGCUUAGAACAAUGCCUAACUUCAUCAACAGUACAUAUAGGGUCCCAGCCAUAGACUAGAUGCCAAACAUCUUUUUUUUUUUUUUUACUUUAUUUUUAUGAUUAGAUGUUUUUACAUUAAACAAGUAGUGAAAGGAAAGCAAUUAAAAAGGUAGCAGACAGGGUCGUUACAGGCUUAAAAUGCAAUAACUCACAAAAAUGUUUGUUUCUAAAGCUGGGCCGUGGGGACACAUUCAUUUAUACAUCAUAUCCAACGCGAAUUGAAGAAUGUGACAUCUGUACAGGAUAAGACCAGCACCUCUCAAACUUAUCACUGGCAUAUAUCAGGGAAAAUGUCAAACGCUCCAUAAUAUAAAUCUCCCCUAUGAUCUCUGUCCAUUCUGAAAUUGAUGGUGGGUCCUUGCUGAGCCAUUUUCUGGUUAUUGCUUUUUUGCAACCAACCAAUAGAAUCUGUCACUUAACAUCUUUUUAGCUUUGCCUGAUUUCUUUAGCAAAGAGACUAAACACAUCAUACCCACUCUCUUCCAGCAGCUGCUUGUUUAUAGCGAGACCUCAGGGCGAGUCCAUCGAUUCCAGCGAGGUGACGCAGCUCAAGGAAGAACAUUUAUGAUCAUUUCUUCAUGGAAAUGCAAUCAGACUGAGGCGCUAAGGCAGAAGAACUACCGCGUCUGCAGUGCAAAAGGAUUAAUAUAAUAAUUAUUACUUCAAGGAAAUGAUAAAGAAAUGAUCAUAAAUGUUCUUCCUUGAGCUGCGUCACCCCGCUGUAGUCUGUAAUGGACUGGCCUGAGGUCUCGUUACAAACAAGCGUCUGCUGGAAGAGAGUCGGUGAGUUGUGUUUAGUCUCUUUACUAAAGAAAUUAGUCAAAGUUAAAAAGAUGUUUGGUGGCUAGUACUAUGGCUGGCCCCCAAUGUCCUGUUGAUGAAGUUAGGUGCUGUUCUGAGCAUUAUUCGUGGCUAUAGAGUGGCGUUUUGGUUGAGGUUUGUUUAUGGCUCCUCAGACCGCUGUGUUUUGCUAUCCUGCGGUCGUUACUUGAGUUAAUAUAACAAGAGAAGCAAGCCGUCGGCAACAUUCAUCUCUGGAGGGGGUGUCUAACUCGGUGUUACAGUGUCUUUGACCCUAAAUUAAUUUUACUCCGGAAUAUCCCUUUAACUGCCUGUCACUUUCCAAAAUAUCAACCUGACAGGAAAUAUGAGCAUUUAUAUUCUUAGAUAAAAACACGUGUCGGUAAUGAGAGAAAGAGCAGAUUAGUCAUUAAUGAGAAACACUUAACAUCAAUUUAAUCCCCUUUGGAAAAACGACAAAGUCCACUCAGUGAACCCAGACGGGUUUUUGUGUCUGAUGGGAGUUGUUGAGCUAACAGAUCUAAUUUGUUGGACUGUGUGGGGUCUGGGUGAAUGUCUUCUCUCCGUUUGUGUGUGUUUACUGCAGUCAGAGCCAUUUAACGGUCAGGGCGGUCUGCCAUCUGCAGGAGGAUACAAUGCCUUCACUCAGGCUGCAGUCAGCGGGGUAAGCUGUGUACGCACUCGACACAGACGCUUUUUAAAAUCACUUAACGAGUCCAAUUAAGAGACAAACCCACACAUGAACGGUACAGUUACGGACCCUUCUCCUAAGACAUUUAAUGAGACACUUCCUCCUCCUCCUCCUUCUGGUCCUCCUCCUUCCUUCCCCCUAUUAGCCAGGUCGGGGGGGAGUUAUGCCCGGGUAUCCCAGUUCGCCCAUGGGAGGGAACCCCACGCCUCCAAUGACACCCGGGACCUCCAUACCUCCAUAUCUGUCCCCAGGUCAGGACACAAAACCCCCCUACCUCCCACCUGACACCAAACCGAACAUCAUCUCCCAGCAGCCCCCUACAGGUGAGACAGGGAACUACAGGAGGCACACAAACACACACAUAACACAACAGACGCCACACAAAAAUAAAAACACACAAAGUACAGCGAUAUAAAAACACAAAAAUCUACAGAAACUUCAAAAAGUUCAAAGAAAACUACAGAAGUCUAAGGAGAAACUUAAAAAAAAAAUAGUAAACACCAUAAAAAUCACAAGAUUAUAAAUUUCCCACAUAUAUGAGCACACAAAAAACGACAAAAGUCACUCAAAACUACAGAAAUUUCAUAAAAAACUAGCGAAAUAAAAAGAAAACUACAAAAAUUACACACAAAAACUCCAGAAAUAAAAAGAAAAAUACAGAAAUCACACAAAAAACACCAAAAUAAAAAAAACUACUAAGUCACACAAAUAACUAAAGGGGGGAAAAAAUAACACAAAAAAACAAACGGGAAACUACGUGAGACAGAAAAAUAAACUACAAAAGCAAACAUCAUACCACAGUUGGCACUGAAAAAAACUACAGAUAUUUCAUAAAGCGCACAUAAAACUACAAGAAAGCCAACAGAUCUUACAGAAAGCACAUGAAAAACUACAGAAAUUGUAAAGAAAAAAUACAGAAAAUGCAAUUAAACCUACAAAACUACAGAAAGUGUACAAUAAAUUAAAGAAAUCACACAGGAAAUAACAGAAAUGGCUUAAAAACUGACCAAAAGCACAGAAAACCAAACAAACAUGACAGAGAAAUUACAGAAAGUGCUCAAAAAUUCAGGAGGCACACUGAACAAUACAUAAAUCCUGUAGAAAACUACAAAAAGUACACAGAACUUACAGAAAACACACAAAAAACCUACAAAGAGAACAAUAUAAAACUACAAGAGGUGCACAAAAACUACAGAAAUCACUCUGCGAAGUAGAGAAAGCCCACAGAUAUCAUAGACAAAACACAACAAUCUACAUGAAAACUACAGAAAUCACAUUUAAAACUAUAGAAAUCUUCAAUUACACAGAAAAACUCAAUAAAGAGAGAAAAAAACUGAAGCACGUACUCAUAGAUUAACACAGAAAACCUCAGAGGUAUCACUGAAGGAAGAGUGAGGGAUCCGAUAAGUACAGGACAGAAAAGGUCAAAUGUUUUCUCUGCAUUUGUGGAUUUGUCUUCAGCUGCAGCGUCUUUUAACUCAUCUCAGCCUCUCCUCCCCUCGUAGGAAACCCGAGUGACGACCUGCGUCUGACAUUCCCGGUGCGAGACGGUGUGGUGCUGGAGCCGUUCAGACUGGAGCACAACCUGGCCGUCAGUAACCACGCCUUCCAGCUGAGAGACUCGGUCUACAAAACCCUCAUGCUGAGGUAUGCUGAGGACCUUUACAGUCGUGAAAGUUUUAUGUGCUAAUAUGUAUAAAAAACUGUUAAAAUAUGAAAGAACUAACCUGAAGAAGAUUGAAAGCUUCACAUGUGACAUGUUGGUGAGAUCUGAAAGAGCUGCUUACCCUUUUUAUAAACAUGAAUGAAUCUGUUUCUUCAUUUUCAGUUUUCAGAUUUUUUCUUUAUUUUUUUAUUUUGUGUAAUUCUUUUUCUCUCUUGUCGCUCCAGGCUGCUUUUGUUUCUGAUCACCGUUGUUGACAUCUUCAGAUUUAUGUUUUAAUCUCUGAUCGUUGAACAGACGGUUAAUUUAAAGCAUUUGAUCCCUUGGCCUUUUACAUCUUUUCAUGAGCGAUGCUAAAAGCUUCCGCUGUUUCAUCUCCCUGUCAUCAGUGUUGACAACAUCAUAAAAAAAAAAAAAACGUCUUCUCUGUUUCAGCUUUAAAAAGAGCUUUUAUGAUGAACAGUCCUCUCAGGGAUCAUUCAGCGAAGAGUCAAACACAUUUUAAAGUCGCUAAAGAGGUUUUCUGAAAUGAUCAUUUCACUUCUGACAGGAACAUUUCAUCUCUAAAACGUGGGGUUGAUAGUUUUAUUGAAAACGAUCAACUUUCUUUGUUUUAGUGUUAUCUUAAAUCUCAGAAUCCAUCAGAAUUUAUCAUCUCUCUGACAGUGCUUUACAAUGUAGAAUCUCUGAGAUCAGGUGCAGUUUAAUUAUAAAGAUCAGAAACGAGGUGGUCUAUGAUUUACAGAAAGAAAUCAAAUCAAAUCAAAUUUUAUUUAUAUAGCGCCACAACAGUCGUCAUCCCAAGACACUUUCCAAAGAAAAUUGGUUUGAUGAAUAAUUAAGACCCAACCAUAAGAUGGGACAGAUUUGGCCCAUCUCAUCUAACAUGAGUAACAGUGGCAAAGAAAAACUUUCUUUUAACAGGCAGAAACCUUGGGAAGGACCAGACUCAUGCUAGACAGCCACCAAGCUGCUGCUGGGUUGGGGAGAAAUAUGGAGACAAGGGGAGAGAGAGAGAGGAGUGGGAGAGAGGGCAGGGGGAGAGAAAGAGAACAAGAUAGAGGGAAGGAGAGAGAGAAGAGAACAAGGAACAAGGAGAACAAGAAAGUCCAAUUGUGAUUCGUCAGACCUUAGAGUCCAUCCUAGUCAGGAUCGGUCCCACAGAAUUUCAUAGCGUUGCAGGGUCAGGAUUUCAGCUGAUGUUGUCAAUAGAAGAGUCCAUGGUUUCCUAAGAGAAAGUCUCAUUUGAUUUUUCCAGCUGUGCCUUGGGUUACUGGUGUUUGAAUGUUAUCUUUUAGCCUCACAGCUCCUUCAGUUUUUAAUUACAUUUAAGGUAAGAAUAUUAUUAUCAAGUAUGUGUAAUUUUUUUAAUUUUAAGACUUGAUUUGUUUUCAUUUGGUUAACAAUCUGUGAUUUCCAAAAAGAUUUUUAAAUUCCAGUUUGACUAACAGCAGGACAGUUUUCCACUGUGUCUGAGUUCAGUGGCCCUUAUUUAUCAAGCUUGUGUACGGCAGAAAACUUGUGUACACCUUGCGUACGAAAAUUUUGAUGUGAGGAUCGGCAUUUAUCAAUCUGCACGUGAGCGUACGCUACGAUCAAAUCUCACGACAGGUCUGACAUCGUGUACGCAAGUUUGAGUCAGUGUGGAUCCUCGGAGCAGCAAAUGUCUGUCUCAAAAUAAUUGAUAUACAAACCUCAAACCUGUCAUUAAGCACAAUCAGCCAGAUUUCAUUGAAGAUUAAGACGUAAAUAAAAUAAAAUAAAUUUGAAAUAAAAAGAAAAAUAUGUCCUUAGUGAAUAGGCCUAUUUGAUAACUCUGCCCAGAAACACUGCCACAGAGCAGGAGCGCCGUUUCAACAUCACGCACACAUGCGCCACUGUGGAGCGCUGCGUUUGACUCCUAAAAGGCAAGUGUCUCUGUCUUGGCUCAGCAGCGGUGAUGUUGUUGUACACUCCUGACAGGGUGUGGGACAUCAUUUGGGCCAGUACAGUUUUGCACAAUGUUGCACCGGUGAAUGGAGUGCCAUUAGCUGUGCAGGUGCAAUGUGAGAACGAGGUCCGGAGAACAGUAACAAGGAGAGAUUCCACAAAGGUGAUGCACAGAGGAGACAGGACCUUAUCGAUGGAUUCUGACAUGUAAAGUAUAAGUUUAGAAAGUGCUCUUGCUAUUUAACAGUGAUAAAAAUCCAAUAGAAAUCCAUAAAAAAUGUUCCUCAGGAGCAGCAACACACCGUUUGGUGACGUUAAUAAUUAUUUUUGUUCAGCCUCUGUCAGACUCUCCAGUCUGCUCUACAUUACAAAGACGCAAUGAAAUUAAAACUAAAUACUUUCAAUAAUAGGAGCAACGUACCCUAUGUCAUGGCAAUAAAAAGAUAUGAAGCAUGUAUGAGAUAUUAAUUUAUCAUCAUGAGCAACUUAUUGACUAAUGAUUUAUUCAAACUUCAGUAACUGUCCGCUAUUCCGCUGCAGCGCUGUUCAGCGCCACCAUAAUCCUGCUCCAGACAGGAGUUUUCUGGACUGCUUUUAGACCAGUUUUGAUGCUUCCAAAGAGAAAAUCCUUGUUAGUUUCCACCACAGAUGUGAGGAUAUCCACUUUCAGCUCGGAAAAGUUUAGAAUCUUUCUAAUAUUUCUCCUCUUUCAUGUUUGACCUCAGUGGGCGAGGCUUCUGAACCACAAAUAUUUAAGGGCGUCAACAUGUUAAUGACGAUCGAUUUCACCCACCGCAUUUAUCAAGACCCCAUUAUACGUACGCUGGGAUAAGUCAGAUACGAACCCUUUCAUAAAUCUCACGUGUCUCCUAUCGUACUAUGAAUCCUGCGUUCAGAUCUGCGCAAGAUUGAUAAAUGAGGGCCCGUGUGUUUUGGAGUGAUUCUGAGUCCAUGCGGUGAUUUCCACUCCAGAGUCGUGUCUGUUUUUAAUGCCCUGAAGAUCAGGACCAUCCAGUCCUGGUUUUGAUCCUUGUCCCUAUAGUAAAGAGAUUUCUCCAGAUCCUCUUUGAAUGAUAUUAUAUUUUGUAGAUGAUGAAAUCUGCUCAAACUGUUGAACUGUUAGCUCACGCAGUCUCUCACAGAGUCCUGAAUCUCUUCCAUCUUUCCUUCUGAUGGACUUGGCCUCUACAUGAUCCUGAAUGUGGCGUAAACAGAAACCAGAACACUUUGUUUCAUGAGUCUGGACCUCAUUUUAACGCAAAUACAGACAAAAGCUGCUCCUUUAAAUCAGGAUGUCUCUGUGAAACAGUGACAGCAUCAGUUCAUGUUUCUACAUUCAUCAUGUCUGAGAUGUCUGGAAUGAAUUUAUUUUCUCUUCAGGUUCUUGUACCUGGAGUAGAAACAUCUAGGUGAGAGGUUAACCACAAAUCCACCAUGGCCUGACUCAAAUGAGGUCUUCUAAUCACAUUUACACUCGGAGCAGACAUGUGGUUUCAGAGCAGGGCACCUCUCUUUGUUUUCCUUCCUGACUGAUUUUUUUUUUUUUUUUUUUUUGUACAAAGAAAACCACCACAAGAAGAAAAACAUAUGAGGAAUGUUUGAUAACCCCACCCUGUCUGUUUCACAUCAUCUGUGCUGUGUCUCCCCCUGCAGGCCGGAUCUGGAGCUGCAGUUCAAGUGCUACCACCAUGAAGACAGGCAGAUGAACACCAACUGGCCUGCUUCAGUACAAGUGAGUCAUUCUGUGAUCUCUGUGUUAUAGAUAUUAUGGUAAUGAGGCCGAAAUGAUCUUGAUUCUGUUUUUAAAAUAACGGCUGAUUUUGACCAGGAAGGAUCUACUCGUCUUCUGAUUUCUCUUUUCUUCUCUAUCAGGUAAGUGUGAAUGCAACUCCUCUGUGCAUUGAGAGAGGAGACAACAAAACCUCCCACAAGCCCCUCUACCUGAAGCAGGUGUGUCAACCAGGACGCAACACUGUGCAGAUCACAGUCACCGCCUGCUGCUGCGUGAGUCUCCCAUCUUGAAAAUACUGACCCCACCGUCCAGCACAUGUAGAUCUCUUCCAUAAAACCAGCUGUGACCCUGUUUGAACUCAGACUUUUGUCCUCCUCUCUCUUCGUAGUCCCACCUGUUUGUGUUACAGCUGGUCCACCGGCCGUCCGUCAGGUCGGUGCUGCAGGGUUUGAUGAAGAAGAGGCUCCUCCCAGCUGAGCACUGCAUCACCAAGAGUGAGUUCAAGUCCAAAAGUUUUCCUAGAUAGUUCAGCGGUUUCACCACUAGGGAUCAGUGUAAUUAUUGUGCAUUACUUCUAGAUCAAAGCUGGAGAGUGUGUGUCCAACAGGGAGCUGAAACUUGUUGAUGCAAUUCUCCUGUGAAUGUGGCCAAAGCAGAAAUGCAUAAAACUGCAGUUCCUCGAGUGUCCAAUUGGGCUGUGACCAAAAGCAAAAUAACUCCCACUGAAGGCGUGGUUGACAAUUAGAGAGAUUGGUAAUUAUCAUGAAUCUCGUUUCUAUGGCGAUCAUGGUCCUAUAGUGCGAUCUCCACAAAGUCAAGAGAAAAAAAUCCGUUCACCCUAGCAGGUGAAGGGCUGCAACAACAUUGACCGAUGGGAGCCAUCUGUCCCGGACAGCUCCUAUUGGUCAGUCUCCUGCUCCGCCUCUCCAUCCAGUCACCUCGCUGUAUUCGACACACUCCUCUCUUGUAGUUCCGACUCAUCCCCUCCCACUCUCACGGCCCUCCUCGGAGCUCUGAGUGGCUAAGAGUAGCGUAGCAGCUUAGCUACAGGAGCUGUGAUGGAGAAGGACGCAAAAAAAACCACUUCUGUUCGCUCCACCGCCAAAAGAGCUAAGAAAACGCAAGUGGAAAAAAGAGGAAAUGUGACCAAGCAAGGAAUCUAACUGGAAUAAACAUCGGGUCAUCCUUCGAGCGGUGGAGAAAGCUCCCCCAGGAUUUGGUCCUGAAAACAAACGCAGAGACAGCAGAGUUUUUGUUGAACAGGUCAUUUUUAUCGCCUUUUAUCGCGGUACAUGUUACAUAAAUAACUCUUAUUAGUCUCUGCAAUGUCAACACGGUAGCUGUCCAGGCAGCUGCAGACGCUGCUCGCUAGCAGAGCUGGGGUUUGCUGCCGCUAGUCACUAGCAAUCCAACAUGGUGAAUCCUAUUUAAAGCUAGCGUAGGAUCUUCUGCCUGCCAGCUUCUUGCUUUGCCAGAGGGGUGUGUCGUGGGGGAGGGCGAUACAGAUCUACGGGGAGUUAUCGUGGAGCACAGAGGGGAAAGGUUUGUGUUUUGGGGGUGGGACGCUUUUUUCAAAUCUGCCUUGACAGCUCAGUUUUUUUCAACUGCUUCUCAGAUCGUUAACCACGUCUUUAAGCGUCAUAUAGAAAUGUCAAUUUUAGCAGCAAAAAUACACGUUUAGAGUAUGUUACAGAACACAGACUGUUGGGAAUACAGCUCAUUUAUUUAUCAUUAUCAUAAUAAGGGAUGCAGAAAACUACAGAGGCCCCAGGACAGAACCCUGAGGGACUCCAGAACUUGUAUGAAGGAUUUGGUCCCAGACCAGGCCAAUAGUUCCUUUUAUGAGUUAAAUGUUGCCGUAAAGUAAUCCUGCUCCAUUUUCCUCGUUUCAGUAAAGAGAAAUUUCAGUAGCGGCACAAUCCCUGGGACCCCCGGGCUGAACGGAGAGGAUGGCGUGGAACAGACGGCGAUCAAAGUUUCUCUAAAAUGCCCCAUCACGUUCAGACGAAUCCAGCUGCCGGCCAGAGGACACGACUGCAGACACAUACAGGUGACGUCCUUCAUAUGAGUGCAAAUACAGGAACUCAGGUGACUCAGAUGAACUCAUACUGAGGACUUUUAUUUUGUAGUGUUUCGACUUGGAGUCCUAUUUGCAGCUGAACUGUGAAAGAGGGACCUGGAGGUGUCCUGUGUGCAAGUAGGUGCCGCUAAAACCUCUUUUUGCACCUUCUACAAUCAGCUGUGCGAGAUUUAGCGUCAUGUUCUCUCUCUCUCUGCAGUAAAACAGCUCUGCUGGAGGGACUGGAGGUGGACCAGUACAUGCUGGGGAUCCUGGUCUACAUCCAGAAGUGAGUUUUGUACCAGGAUUUAUGACAUUUGUUUCUUCAUGUGACAUCCAGAGACUCAUCCUGCUGUUUCCUCCUCAGCUCGGACUACGAGGAGAUCACCAUUGACCCCAUGUGUGGGUGGAGGCCGGUCCCCGUCAAACCCGACCUGCACAUAAAGGAGGAGCCUGACGGUCCGGUGCUGAAGCGCUGCAGGACGGUCAGCCCGAGUCACAUGGUCCUACCAAACGUGAUGGAGAUGAUCGCCGCUCUGGGCCCGGCGUCCUCCCCUUACCAGAGUCUGACCACAGGAGGCAGGAACACCCCGGACUACAACAGACCAGGUGAGACCAAGAGGAGGGGGAACGAUGUAAACAUGACCUCCAUAAAUGAUCCAUAAAUACACUAACCCCCAAUUUCCACAGCAUCCGGAAUGGCUACAAAAAGGCCGUAUCCGCUGAUCACAGCUGAUCGUAACCAUUCAAGUUAACGUGUCAAUUUCCACCAGCUUCUUUCCGUUCAGCUGCGGAUCGCUGGACAGCUGAUCACAAGAGUUCUAUUUUUUCCGGACGCCGGUGCAUGCCAGAUAAAUUCAGCACAGAUCAACUCAUACUGGAAAGUCGGGUACAGACACAAAAUAAAACAUCCGGCUUCUUUUUUCAAAAUAAAACACUCCAUGUUUCAGGAGGAUCAUAUUUCACACCAUGCAAACGGGCGGAGACGAACAAGUGAAAGGUUUUUAGACGUCAUUUCACCCCAAUGACACCAUGGAUGAGGAGAUGAUGAUUCUAGAAGUCUGGAAGUAGAUUUCCUCCUCUGGAAGGACACAAUCUACUGCUUAUAUGGUUAGCCUUUGUGUCUGUCUUUAUAGAGACAACUUGUUAUCGCGCAAUUGCAUGUGAAUCCAGGGGUUCUUGUGAGUUCUCACGAUUCCUGCUGUUCGUAAUCCGCCACAAAAUUCACCUCACAAACAGACCCAGUAGGAAUUGGCAGACGGCAAAAACUGCUGCCGUUCCGGAUUGUAGCCAUUUCGUAUGCGGUAAAAAUUGGGGGUUAGUGUAGACAACAGCACUCUGAAGCCUGAGCUACUUAGUCCGUUUUUCUUUGAGGGGAGGUGACCCAGAAUGAUCUCGCCCCCUUCCCUGUGAUGACCUCCCCUCCUCCACAGCUGGAGGCUCUUCCCCUCCCAUGAUGCUCGGCCUCUGUUACACAAUCUGACAGUCUCCACUGACCUGGUUUCAUCCUUAGUGACGGUAAAAGUGUCUUUUUGUUUCGUCUUGUAGGGAGUCAGGGGUUCUCCAGCCAAACAGGAUUCACAGACUUCCCAAACACCCCCGGCACCCCAACUCUGGGAGAGUACGCCCCCUCUGGACCUCCUCCUCCACAGCUCCCCUAUCAGUCUGAGCAGGUAGGACCUCCUCUCUGUUAUAUAAUCCAUAUGCUCCCCUGUUCUGUAGCCUCUGGUGUCUUUUUCUGUCCUGAUCACUGAGGACUCUUUCCCUGAUGGACGGUGAAGCACAAGUGACAGCAGGGAUAUGAAUAGACCUCUCACUUCCAUCACACAUAAUAACAGAGGCAGAGGUACCUGUUAUGCAACUCAAACUAAGGCUUACAGUGUCUGAAUAUGACGCAUUUAAAGGUCUCUCUGAAGAAGCUGUGCGGUCUAAUCAAGGGCAUCAGUUUGUUUCGAAAAGUGUGGGGGGGGCUACUAUAAAACGCAUAGACUUAUUUUACGCAACCAACUAACGCUCCCUUGCAUAUAUUUAUUACAUGGGAUAAUCAUAGGGUUAAACGAGCAAACAAGUUUUGUAACUCACCACAGGUAUUAUCAGAUGAAAAAGCACACUCUGGGCCGCAGCUUCAACUUGGCACAGACACAAAUUUACAACAGCUGCACGUUUGUGUUAUCCUCCCAAAGGUCUGCCGCGUCUCUCAAGGGCAAAACCCACAGGAUCCAGAACGGCUCUGCUCCGCUCCGGCAGGCAGCUCAAAUACGCCAGCAUUAUAAUCAAUGUGUGUCAUUCCAGAGAAUCCGUCCGGCGUCCGGCUCUGCUGCGGAUCAGCUCCGGCAGCCAGAUCAGAUACGCAAGGCUUCUAUUUUUGUCAGAUGCCACAGCAUGGCGCAUCAAUUUGGUGCAGCAGAAGUUGUAUGCGGCUACAGAGUAAAAUAUCCUGUUAAUUUUUUAAUUUUAAUUCAUUUUAUGUUAAACUGUUCUCAGCUUGAUAAUAGGAGAGGCCAGGGUUGUGGGAUGUGGUUGUUUAUAUACACCACCGUGUAUAUACACUGAUUGGCGGAUCUCAUUCAAUGUCUCAUGGGAAAAUAAGUGAGAUCUCGUCUCGCAAGAACUAUCAGUAAUAUCGCGAGAGCUUAUCCUCCGAUGGCGGCAGCAGAUCAUACCCCCCGUCCCCCCCUGAACUGAUGCCUAUAGGUCCAAUGCAAAGGCAAGAAAAGUGACACACACCAACUCAGACAACUUGUUUUAAAAAUUGCAUCACCUGCAAGGGCGACCUCCAAGACAGAGAAUUAGAAACGUCUGUAAACUGCAGUACCUCAACUAGACCACUAGAAGCUGGCUUUAAAAGUGAGCAUGUCCCCGUAGCGCCCCAUGUCUACAGCAGAAAUAAACAUGUUUACAGUGUGCUCAUCAGUCACAGCUGCACAGAUCAAACCUGAUUGUUUGAAUUCUAGUAAAGCUUAAAGUUAUGUUUAAUUUGGGGCGUGGCCUCUUUGAGUGAAAGGUGAGGACAUUUUCUCAUGCAGGUAUCAGACAAAUAAUCUGUCUUACUAUGUCAUUCAGUAAGUCUGAGCUCCAGCUUUUUUACUCAUUGCGUUGCUUUUCUGAUAUCUCAGCAUUAUUCUGCAGGUACUUGUGUCUGGAGGUCCCAUACUUGACUUGUUAGCUCACUCAGUUCUUGUAGUUUUCGCCUUUUCUUGCAGAGAUAACAGCACUCUCUGGGUAUGAGAGUAAAUUUCCUUUGAGUCACCUGCUGUGCUCUUUGCAGCAGAUCUGUGACAAAGCAACAAGCUUGCUCAGCUGAGUCUGAAAAAUCAACAACUAAGAUUCUGUGUGAGACUUUCUGGAUAACUCAGUGAUGUGCCAGAUUAUGAAUCAACAAGAGGCACAGACUGUUCAGCUUUGAGGACUCGGUGUUUGCCAGUCCUCACUCCUCCGUCCACCUCUCCUCAAAAAAAGUACUUUGAAAAGCUAAGAGAAAAAUUUGAUCAGUGUUUUUCUCUUUGUCUCAUCUUGGCUAAUGCAGAGUUUUUAGUUCCUCAGCCACAGCUCCUCUGGGUCAUGUCAGGGCAGGUUCGGGACUAUGUUUCAUGAGUAAAAGGGACCCCUGACUGUCUUUUCCUUCUGGCCUGUGAGUUGAGAUAAGAGCCUUUGACUGAACCUGAAGACGACAGCGCUGUCCUCGAAUGCUGAGCAGUCUAACUCCACACGGCCUGUCUGCAGCAGCUGCUCACUGUCUGUCUGCUGAAGGUUUCCAGAGAAAGAUCCCAAUGUCACUCACUCCUGGUGUUUGGCCUCUCUGGGAACACGUCAGUGUUGACUCCUGAAGCUCUGUGAAUGAACUGACAUGUUUACAAAAGUAAAAUGAAUGUUGUAUGAUCCACCAUCAACAGACGUCUCACUCCGGAAGGGUCGAACACUCCCACAGUGUCCUCCAGCAGCACAGCUCAGCUGUUCAUGGGAAUCAGAGUCUGACGUCUGAUGCAGGCAGCCCACUGCCGCCACGGAACUCCAACUCCCAGAAUUCCCGGCUGCAGAAUGAGGGCUCCUUUGGUCUGGGAGGUACAGGAGCUCCAGGAGGAGAGGGAGCUGAUCAUGCACUAGAUGUGAGUGAAAUCUGCUGUAUCUUCAAUAUAGUUGUGCAACAGAGAGGAGAGAAAGGAGAGCGGGAGGACAGAGGAAAAAAGAGAGAGUAGGUAGAGGAGCAGCAGGAGGAGAAGAAGCAGGAGAGAGGAGGAGAGAGGAGAGAAGGGAGAGGAGCAGGAGGAGAGCAGGGAAAGGACCAGGAGAGAGGAGGAGAGCAGGGAGAGAAGCGGAAGGAGAAGAAGCAGGAGAGAGGAAGAGAGCAGGGAGAGGAGCAGAAGGAGAAGAAGCAGGAGAGAGGAAGAAAGCAGGGAGAGGAGCAGGUGGAGAAGAAGCAGGAGAAAGGAGGAGAGAGAGCAGGGAGAGGGGCAGGGAGAGGGGCAGGGAGAGCAGCGAGAGGAGCAGGGAGAGGAGCAGGAGGAGAGCAGGGAGAGGAGCAGAAGAGCAAAAGAGUGGAGGAGGAGAAGAGAGGAGAGCAGGAGAGAGAGGAGAAAAGAGGAGGAGAGAGAAGAGAGCAGUGGGAGGAGGUGAGAGGAGAGCAAGGAGAGGGGGAGAGAGGAGAGCAGGGAGGGGAGCAGGAGGAUAAGAAGCAGGAGGAUAGAGGAGAGCAGGAGAGAGCAGAGCAAGGAGAGAGGAGAGCAUGGAAAGGAGGAAAAGGAGACGAAAGGAGAGCAGGAGGUAAAAGGUGAGAGGAAAGCAUGGAAAGGAGCAGGAAGGAGAGAGGAGAGAUAUGAGUAUGUAGAGAAAGGAUCUAGAAAUCUAUUGACUGCUGGACUGAAAAUGAAGAAUCUGUCAGCAGAGAAUCAGAGUCUGCUCCUGUUUUCACUCAGAUGUAGUUCUUAUAUUUUUUAUACACUGACGCUGACCUGUUGGUCACCUGUUUCCAGUAGCGCUUGUUUAUUUGGUGUUUCUUUUUCACCUGUGAUUGGAUCUCCUCCGUGUCUCCUCAGCUUCUCCCUGAGCUGACUAACCCUGACGAGCUGCUGUCGUACCUUGGCCCUCCUGACCUCCCCAACAACAGCAGUGACGACCUGCUGUCUUUGUUCGAGAACAACUGACCGCCUUCAUACGCCACUCUGCUCAUCUUCCAGUCUGCACCCGCCUGCUGUAGCCCUGCCCCCAUCGGUUGAAGGCAGCCCCAUCUUUGUGUGUGUCUGUGUAUUUGUCUGUGCGCGCGCCCGUGUGUGUGUGUGUGUGUGUUUGCGUGAAUGAGUACGAGUGUGUGUUGUUUUUCUGUGUGUGUGUCUUUGUCCCCCUGCUGUACUUGGACGUUGUUUCAGUGCAGAUUAGAGGAGCAGGAGGAACAUGUGAAGACUGUCUGUGAUGAAGAACUGAACAGAGAGCAGCACUGACUCUGCAGACCAGCAUCUUUGACUAUAGCACAAACCACAGGCUGAAGGAUGUGAACAUAUAAGAUUUAAUUUAUAGAAGGAGUAACAGAGGCUGGUGCGUGUCUACGAGGAAAUAACGGACGUUAUUGAUUUAGUGGUUCCCAAACUGUCUCUGUUGUUGACGGUAUUUUCCGUUUCAGAUCUGAAAUUUCUGCAUCUUAAUGAAGGCUCAGAAUAAACUUGUGUUAUAAACAGGUCUAGUUCACGUCCUACCAAACAGGACAGCCGUACACUGAGAUUUGAGCUGUCCCAUUAGUUUGAAGAGUGAUGUUUGGAGAGGUCAUUUAUCUUCUGCUCACCUUAUUUAACACCCUUUUAACCCUAAUGUAGCCUCCUCGUUUGGGAACCGCUGUCUUAAAGAUGAAGACCUGUGAUUUUGUGUGUUUUUCUUAUUGUCAAUGAUCUUCAUAACAAACGCAAAACUAACCCCUUUUUUUAAAUUUGCCCUCAGCAGCAGCAGCAGUAUUAGUUUGCACUUCAAGAUCUGGUCAGCUGAUGUAAUUCUGCUGUCGUCCCGCCUUCGUAAAUGACGAUCAAUCAACCAGUCUUUAUUUAUAUAGCACUUUUCAUACACGACCAUGUAGCACAUAGUGCUUUACUCGGAAAAAGAGGUAAAGAAACAAAGAAUACCCAAAUCUACCCCAGCCCAACCCCUCAUUCCCACCCCAUGAUCUUAACUCAACAGAAACAGAAUUAAAACACAUAAACUUAAAAAGGGCUUGAUUUCAUGAAAACAGCAUGUACGAACUGAGGAAACGCCAUUUUAAAACUCAAGAUAAGGAAACACUGGAGGUUAGGAUAAAAUCUAAAAACAAAGUAACAUAGAAUAAAAUUUAAGAAAUAAUAAAUGAAAUGAAAUAAAAACAACAGUAAAGAUACUAAAAUUAGAGCACCAAAAUAGCUCAAUAAAAGACAAUCCUGUCAUUAAAACUAGAAAGAGAUAAAUGCUAAAACACUCAAACAGAGUUAAUGAUAUAAAAUUUAGUUAAAAGUAAGACUAAAAAGGUAUGUUUUCAGUUUGCUUUUAAAUUCAUGUAGAUUAGUUUCAGUCCUCAGGUCUUCAGGUAAGGUGUUCCAUAGACGGGGGCCAUAGUAAUAAAAAAUGCCUCACCGUAUGUCUUGGUUUUAACUUUAGGCAAUGUUAACAGAGAACUUCCUUGAGAUCUGAGGACUCUAGCUGGUUCAUAAGGUAAAAGAAGAUCAGAUAAAUAAGAUGGGCCAAAGCCAGUAAGAGCUUUAAAAACCAGUAAAUUAAGCAUCUUAAAUAAACACACUAUGGAAACCAAGAGAACAGCCAAGAAUUGGAUCCAGCAUCUAAAUGUUUACUGGAAACACUUCUCACCUGUCUCAAUCCUGCACCUUCUCAUUAGCUAACAUUUUCAUUAGUGACCAGACAUCCAGUCCCUGUUUUGGAUGAACUGUCCCUGGUUAAAGGUGGGGUAGGCAGGAUCUGAGGAAGUUCCAGUUUUUGGGAGAAAUCUUGAAUGUAAACUCUACCCCUCCCAACCAGUUUUCCCCUCAGCUCCUCCUCUCCCCUCCCGCUCUGCUCCAGCAAGCCCCGCCCACAAACAGACGCUCCUGCUCGCUCGUAUCGUUCCGAUUAAACUCAGAUAUAAUGCAGAUAAAUACUUCAGAUAAUUACAAAUGGGGCCCAGUCAACGUGAAAGUAAACAGCAUUGGUGCUACUUUAGAUGGCAACAGUCUACCAGCAAACACAAUGUUUGUAGGACUUCUACAACCAGGAUAAAGUGACAUAGUCCAGGACCAGAGGUCAACAGUUUAGCGUCGCUACAACACGCAGCUGGUCCCGUUUGACAAGAAACACUUCAGUUACGGAUACUUGGCUUACUUUGUUAAAGCGGUUUACCUGUCCAGCAGAAAGGUUACAGGGUUCAGAAGAUCCUGAAGAGUCCCCCACUGUUAAUGCUGAUGUUGACCCGGCUUCUUAGCUCUUGUCCGGUCUUACUCCUUUUUUAAGCGCCCGUUAUUCUGCCAGAGUCUCCGGUAUUUACUUAUUUACUAGUUUUCUUGCUUCUGUUGGCAGUCGUGGCUAAAGGAGGAUUCAGACAAUUUUCUGUACUUUCUGGUUGGUUUCCACUGUCCGAUAUUGUAGCACGCUAACGACACAGGGAGCAGUGUCUGCCUCACAACCAAUCAGGUUGGGGGAGGCGGAGAACGGCUUUGUUUACAGUCAGAAAAAGCAGAGCGCUCUGAAAUUUAAAAAUGUUGACUACACAGAUCUAACAAAACACAGCGAUAUCGUUAUAUACCCAAAUGUCAUCAAUGACGAAUAGCUAUUGACUGAUACUAAAAGCUUUUUUGUAUAUUCACCACAUAAAAGAUGCUUCUUUAACGGAUCUCUGCCUACCCCACCUUUAAAGCUAUCCCUGGUUUUAGCGUUUCAUGAAUGAGAAAAAAAAGUUGCGUGUAGACUAGAACGACGGUUAUUAUGGUAGGAAGUGCGAGUGAGCAUGUAGCGUGCAGUCAAACAACAGUUACUGGGGGGCGCUAGUCCCUGGAUUUCAAUUCGGCAAUCUGCUCCCCUUGAAGGUGUCUAAAUUCAAACAUUAGCACUACUGCUGCAGCUGAAGGGUUAGCGGAUUCGUUUUAGUCUUUUAUGAAUGUUAUUGAUAAUGAGGACAUGAGAUACAUUUCCGAGCUUCUUGUUUUUAUAGGUCUAUAAUCAUGUUGUAAGAUAAGGGCAGCUUCAUGUGGUCACAUUAGUUGCUUUAACAAAUUCAAAGAUUUGAAUGUGACCGUAAAAACAGUGAGAGCCCACCCUUGAGAUUUGGAGCCCAGGUGUAAAAUAGAUGUUCGAGUUGAAUUUAGUGCAUUAUUCUGAGAGAGCGCUGAGGUGCACUGUAUCUCUGACAUCCUUCAGCACUGUGACCGAUAAUAACCUCCCCUCUCUGUAACUCUCGCCCUCUGUCCCUCCGUCAGAGGGAUUUUUCAGCAUACUGUAAAUGAGUACAGAUCUGUGUCGUGGCAUUUUCUGCCAUUUGAAAGUUUUUUUUUUUUUUAUCGUUUAACAUGUAUAACCCAUCAUGACGCGGGUUUAUGUACUGUAUAAUCAGCUGUUUUCAUUAGAGAACGUGUGUGUAUCAAAUGACUUGUUAACCAUGGUAAUUUUAAUGUUAUUAGUUGGAUAAUGGAUCAUUGUUGGCACUGUAUACAUGCUGUAUGUUAGAAAUUAUAAAGCAAUUGUUCAACAGAAAACAAACCGACAGACUAACACGGUUAAAGAUGCAGAAAUUAUUCUUAAUACCACUUUUUAAAGCUGACCGUGUUUUCUAUGAAAAAUUUUCGGACAUGUCCAACAUUUGUCGAAAACAAAAAGAAUUCCAACUGAGCACCACAGUAAUGUUAUAUUUGGAAAUAUUUAACAGCAAAUUUGCUAAAAAGAAAAAAAUGUCUUUUUUAAAUAUGUAAACUAUUCCACAUAUUUUGUAACACAUUGUAAUUGCCAUUAUUUUUUAUUUAUUUUUUAAUCAUAACCAUCAUUGUACCAACAGUUACCUUGUCCCAGAUCAAGAUUAAAAAUCAUUUUACUUGAAGAUAAAA